GCUCGAAAUGUUGUGUUGCUUCAUCGCUCCGCCAUGGGUGGGCUCGGGCUCUGACUUUAGCUAUAAAACACUCUGAUUCUGAGCACUCGGACACUUCGUGAGAUUCUUGUCACCUCCACCAGUCAUGGCGUCGUCCGGCGGACUGCUCCUGCUGGUGAUGCUGUCCUCCCUGGUGUCCUAUUCUGGUGGUGCUGGGAAUAAUCCCUACUCCCAGGCUGGCUCCUCAGUUGGUUCCCGCAAUAAUCCCAACUCUCGGUCUGAUUCCACCCUCCAGCGUGGCUCUUUGAUUCGUUCCCUGCCUGAUUCCGCCUUGCCAAUUGCCAACAGGCAGCUCCGGGGGCCUGAAUGGUCUCGGCAGGACAUAAACAAACCCAAAGAGGCCGCAAAGUCCAUUGGCAGAUACGCCCUGAGUACAGGUCUCUCAACACUUGCUUAUGCUGUUCCAUUUCUUGGAUUGAUUGACCCUUCAGGGACACUGACCGCUGCCUCCGCCAACUUAGCGCUGCUCCCGCUGAAUAUGCUCGACAAACGGAACAGUGACAAACAGCUGAUCAACGCCAUUAAGUUUGAGUUUGAAAACCUGGAUUCAAAGAUCGAUCGGAACCAUGAAGAUCAGAAAUACAACAUCUGGGCCAGCAGCACCUUCGCCAAGCCCGAGAAACACAUCAACUUGGCCUGGGCAAGUUACAAGACAAUGAUCAAUGCUCUGCUUCAAGCAAAGACGGACGCAGAAAGAGACAGACAUCGAAAUGAGUUCAUGGGUUCCUAUCAAAAAUAUGAACCUGCCAUCAGAGAGCUGCACAGGCUGCUGACGGUCAGUGGAGCCAGCUUCACCUACAACCUGGGGGACCUGCUGUCUAAACAAAUCAAAUGUCAUGAGACGGACUUGAGAGAGUACACAGAGUUCAUCAACAAGCUGAUCUGCAAAGGCAUCGUGAUGAACCAGUUCUACUACAAGGUGAAGAAGAUCGAAUCACAGGCCAGGGUGGAUGAGGAGUCUAAGAUUGCCUACGACUCAGCCUUGGUCAUGUUCCAGACCCAUAAGAAGUGCAUAUUCGACAGCAUUGAGUAUGUCAAGAAGGACGUGGAAACCCUGAUCAACAGCAUCAAGCAUCGCUCAAAGCUUGCAGAGGACGUCCGGAAGUUCCUGGACAACACGUACGACAGGUACGACUGGAUGGUGGUUGCCUUCAUAGCAAAGAACUCCAAACAUCGGAUCCUGGAAACCCUGAACAAACAUGUCCUGGCGGGAUUCACCAUAGUGACAAAAGGAGAUGUCAGCGUAGCCGUUGCCCGACAAGUGAAGGGAACUCACACUAAGGCAAGCCGGGUCACAGAGGCCAUCCAGGGAUGCGUUCCCGAGAAGACCCUCUGUUACAAGGUCAGAGAGAAGCUGGAUGAGUGCGCCACGGACGUCAAGAUCAGCUCCAAUGUAAAGGUACCAGUGCCUUCAACCUACAGUGCGGUGCACGCCUACAUCCACAAGGCUCACGACAGUCACAAUGCCCAGGAUGUAGAUGAAGAGAUGGUGAAUCCUGAACAGUACUCACCCCAGACCCCGUAUAUCUACAGGGGCUCGUGCGAGAAGUCUCCCGGUGUGAAGAAUGGAAAGUAUGUGGUGUUGAUCAAAAGUGACGAGGAGCUGGAGAGCAAAGAUCCAUGCGCCAAGCUGAACUGUGGGGGGAGCCAAAGAGGCCAGUGUGUCCCUGUGCCCAAGCUGUUCCUGGCCAUGUGUCAGUGUAGCCAUCCAUUCUAUGGCAAGAACUGCGAGAAGAAUCUGGAAGACUACAAAAAAGAGCUUCAGAGAGAGACCGGAUCUUUUGAGCUAGACACCAGGAGAUUCUCAGAACAAGGCUUCUGAUCCAGAAACACCAACUCCACCACUCCGACCUGCUCCGCUUCAGCUAACAUUUAACUCUGCAAAGAUCUUUGGUUUUAUUUCUUGUCUUCUGUUUUCCCUUUUCUGUGCAUCUCUCAGAGAUGUUCUGCCAGUUAAGGGGACAAUCCUGCACCAGGCCGUCCAGUCCUGCAGGAGCCGUUUGUACCAGCAGGCGGUGUGUUGAGUCACUCAGAGAAGCAGUUCAAUAAACACUGUGAUCAGUUUUUUUUUUUUUUCAGAGCACCAAUCUGGGGAAGCAAGUUUGAGACCUAAUGUAAUCCAAAGCUGUCAGAUUGUCUCUCCAAACAACACACUGCCCCAAUCAGAAAGAAGAACUGCCACACCACCACCCAGUGGAGAACAGUGACAUGAUUUACACUGUACAUCAACAUGGUUCAAAAUUCAAGGAAAACAAAAAUCUGUUUCGAGAUUUGGUUUGAUUGAGGGUUCUAUCUGUGAAAAUGACAUUUUAGUCAUCAUGUGACUCCUGCAGUGGCAUUUACAUUCGGACCGCUGGGCAUUUCUCUGCUUUAUGCUUCUGUCCUCAUUUCUACAAGCUGAAAAAAAUAUAAAAGCAUUAAAAAAAAAAUUG